AUGGAUCAAUAUACAUACAAAGAAUUAGAUGGAAGGAUAAAUGGCCUUGAGUUACAACUAGGCAUAGAUAAUGAAAUAAAGAAGAGCUCAAAUGAUACUGUGAUAUCGCAAUUAACUAAAAUACAAAAGAAGCUAAAUAAAUUCUAUGACUCAAAUGCAGAAUUAGAGACAUUAAAUAGAAUUAUAAGUGACCUACAAAUAUGGGAUAAGAUAAAACAAUCUCCAACCGAACUUCCUUCAAACAAAAGCACAGAUAAAGGUGUAUCAAACGAACUUACCAUAGAUAUGAAACAAAAAUUGGUGCUCAUGAAAUAUCCUGCUAUUAAAGAAGCAUAUAAUAAUUUAAUUCAAUUAUCAAAUAUGGAUAUCCCAAAGUUAAUCAAUUACAUCGAAACUAGUCAAGAUAAGAGUCACAACUUCAAUAGUGACAAUUAUGAACUUCUACAAAGAAAGCAAAUAAUACAAGAUAUAACAAAUAAUUUUCAUUUACUUGUCAUGAAGAAUAUGAUUGUUUUUGAGAAAUACCUUAACUUAAUGGUUCGUGAAAACAAAUACUGGGUAAGCAUUGAUGAGCAAGUUCAAGCAUUACGUAGAAAGCUAUUGAAAGUUGAGAAUAAUCGCAACGUACAAAAUAAAUACUAA